AGGGGUCUGCGGUUUGCCCUCUGCGCUCGGAACGACCUGAUUUUCCCUGUUAGGAAUGGUUGAUCCUAAACCCAGUUAGGAAGGGUCUACAGCGUAAAACCUGCUAGCUGCUAGCUGCGUGCACGCCCGCAGAGAGCCUAGAGGCCCAGCAAAACAGGCACACUCCCGGGAUGAGAUGCCGGAUAGGUUGUGUAUUCUCCGAGACGUAGCAACAUCAUGGGGUCUUUGUGAAGCAGCUUGGCCUGCCUAGAAACGUAGAUAGCACUGUGCUUUGCUGUUUGGUGAUAGAGAAGCGUGUUUGGCAGUGCGAAGCGGUAGCGAAGUGUCCCCAAGAACACAGCAAUCAGAAUGCCUUCCUAGGGGGUCGGGCGUUUGGCCUAGCGAUUAAGGUGCCGUGCCAUGGCCUGUAAGACCCCCACGUCUGUAAACUGGGGUACCUGGGAUCCAUUCCCCGUUCGGCGCCAGCAUCAGGGUCUCCCACGCGGGUGCACGGGCCCAAGGACGUGGGCCAUCUUCCACUGCUUUCCCAGACCAUAGCAGAGAGCUGGAUGGGAAGUGGAGCAGCCGGGACUCGAACCGGUGCCCAUAUGGGAUGCUGGCGCUUCAGGCCAGGGCGUUAACCUGCUGUGCCACAGCUCCAGCCAACUCUGCAUUUUAUCACAUUUAAUUCUCUCAAGCAUUCUGUGAAGUCUGAGGCAUUUAAAGCAAGUAGGAGUUAAUCACUUGCCUAGGGAUAUUUAGUGCUAAGUGGCAGAGCCGGGAUUGAAAUUGUAAGCUCUUCACUAAUUUGCUAUCCUGCAUUCCAGACUAGUGUGAGAGCCUUGGCCUUAGGGAAGGAUGUACACAAGGUCUUUGAGGAUCUCCAUUACAAACCCCACCCAGCUUAGUAGCAUCCACCACCCCUCUUUGUUACUGUUGCUCCCUUGGAUCCCAGUGAAAGAAUCCUUAGUGCCAGCAGAGGCUGCCUCCCUACCUGCACUUUGGAUUCCAACACCAUCAUUUUUUCAGAGACCUGCCUCCACCAAGGUUGUCCUCUCAUCUUCCGUGUCUCCUACCGGGAUCUAAACAUACUCGGGUCUCUUAUGUCAGUUGCAGAGGACUAGGAAUAAAGCUAAAAGGCAAGAGAAGCAACUGAACUGGAUACUUCAGAGAAUUAGAGCAUGCGGACUCCAUAUUCAAUGAAGAAUUGUCUCCAGUUACUUUGUAACCACAAGGUCCCAGUAGCUGGCUUUAAAACCACAGUAAAAAGUGGACUCAUUUUACAGUCAGUUUCCAAUGACGUUUAUCAAAAUCUGGCUGUGGAAGACUGGAUCCAUGACCAUGUGAAUCCAGAAGGCAAGCCAAUUCUUUUCUUUUGGAGAAAUUCUCCCUCUAUUGUAAUUGGUAGGCAUCAGAAUCCUUGGCAGGAAUGUAAUCUGAAUCUGAUGAGAGAAGGAGGUGUAAAACUGGCUCGGAGAAGAAGUGGAGGAGGAGCAGUCUACCAUGAUAUGGGUAAUAUCAAUUUGACUUUCUUUACAACCAAAAACAGAUAUGAUAGAAUGAAAAAUCUGAAAUUGGUUGUGAGAGCUCUGAAUGCCGUUCAACCCCAGCUAGAUGUGCAGGCUACCAAAAGGUUUGACCUUUUACUCGAUGGACAGUUUAAAAUCUCAGGAACAGCCUCUAAGAUUGGCCGGGCGACUGCCUAUCACCAUUGCACUUUAUUAUGUUGUACUGAUAGGACCGCCUUAUCUUCUUUGCUGAAGAGCCCUUACCAAGGGAUCAAGACCAAUGCCACCACUAGCAUACCUUCCGUGGUAAAGAAUCUUUUUGAAAAAGAUCCAACUCUGACCUGUGAAGUGGUGAUGAAUGCCAUUGCUACAGAGUAUGCUGCUUACCAUCAACUUGAUAGUCACAUUACCCUGAUAAACCCAGCAGAUGAGACACUGUUUCCUGGAAUAAGUAGCAAAGCCGAAGAGCUACAAACUUGGGAAUGGAUAUAUGGCAAAACUCCAAAGUUUAGUAUAAACACUUCCUUUAAUGUGUUGUAUAAACACUCAUACCUAGAAAUUAAAGUAUUCAUAGACAUAAAGAAUGGCAGAAUUGAAAUCUGCAGUAUUGAAGCACCUGAUCAUUGGUUGCCACUGGAAAUAUGUGACAAAUUAAAUUCAAGUUUUAUUGGCAGCAAGUUUUGCCCAGUUGAAGCUACCAUGCUAACAAAUAUAUUACUUAGAACAUGUCCAGAAGACCAUGAACUGCACAGUAAAUGGAAUAUGCUCUGUGAAAAAAUUAAAGGAAUAAUGUGAUUCCUACAUUUCUUAGUACCAUUUCAAUGAGAAAAUAAAAAUUUCUAAUGCAUGUUUUGUGUCUGCUUUGAAAAACGAGAGAGGGCUUACUCUCCCAGUAACUCCCAUUUGAAAUGAUCACCAAUCCUUGUCCGUGUUUCCUACCAUCUUCUAGAAUACUCUUUCUUUCUUCACUGAUUUAAUACCUGGCACAUAUUUAUAUUCCGGCUCCUUCCUCAUUUAUUGACCUCGGGAUGGGAACCAUGUUAGACACUCUGAACUCUGAAUUUGUUUUUUGCUUUUUUACUUCUAAGGAUUAUAACCCAGGCUUCUAUUUUUCUUAAACUCUAAAAUUCUCCCUUUUAGUUACACAGUUGACCCUCAGUAUCCAUGAAGGAUUGGUUCCAGCACACCUUAAGAAUACCAAAAUUUGUGGAUGACUGAGUUCCUUAAAGAAAUGGCAUGGUGGGGCCGGCGCCAUGGCUCACUUGGUUAAUCCUCUGCCUGCGGCACCAGCAUCCCAUAUGGGCGCCAGGUUCUAGUCCUGGCUGCUCCUCUUCCAGUCCAGCUCUCUACUGUGGCCCGGGAGGGCAGUGGAGGAUGGCCCAAGUGCUUGGGCCCCUGCACCCGCAUGGGAGACCAGGAAGAAGCACCUGGCUUCUGGCUUUGGACCGGCGCAGCACUGGCCAUAGCAGUUAUCUGGGGAGUGAACCAACGGAAGGAAGACCUUUCUGUCUAUCUCUGUCUGUAACUUUACCUGUCAAAU